AUGGGUUCGCUCAAACCACCAGGAGUGUCAGGCUCUCGAAUUAAAAAGCUAAAAGAGUUGUUUCUAUCCAAUGUUAAGCAGGAAUCUCAACUUGUCCAAAAGUUAUAUGAUGGCUGUAAAGCUGCCCCUGCCUCCAACAAAUUGGGACCUUUGUACGUUGUUGAUGCUGUCGUUCGUGGUCUUAUCGAUGAGUUGAGCAAGGCUGAAAACGCUGUAGAAAGCUCUAAAGAUGAACCUUCCCCUGAUGGAACUGUAUCCGCUGCUGUUGCCAAAAUUCAGGCACUUGUUGUUAGCAUUGUCGAUGAUGCUGUAGCCAACUCCAAUGAAGAUGUUAAAGAAAAAAUCCGCAAGUUACUCGAGAUCUGGGAAAAUUGCAAUACAUUUGAUAAGAACACUUUGACCAAGAUGAAGAAGUCUAGUUUCCCUACUACAACACCUCCUGGCUCUCCUCCAACCAAGAAGAAAGUUAAGUUUGCAGUGGAUGAAUCAAAGUCUGACACCAUUAGUUCAAGCGUGGCAGCCGGUAAAUCUUCUUCUUCUUCUUCCUCCUCACUCUCUACAUCUAGUAGUGGCUCUGGUCCAAAAGAUCCCGCAUCAGUUCUUGCUGCUUUGGCCAAUCUGGCCAAAAAGGCACCUUCUCCUGCGUCCAAUGCAGCCAAUAUGACUAGUGCCAAAAGUGCAAGUCCCCCAUCUGAUCAGUCUAGUGGCAUCAAGCCUAGUGUCGCUGGCUCCUCUUCUUCUUCAGAUCCAAAUGCAAUCUUCCAAAUGCUUCAGAAUAUGAACAAAUCGGGCCGUAACGGUGCCCCUCCUCCUCAGCAGCAACAGCAGCAGCAACAACCGCAGCUGCAGCAGCAAGGUGGAUUCGGUGAUGCCUUUGGAGAUCCCCGUCGUGGUGGUUACUCUAACAACCGUGGCGAUCGUGAUAGAGGAGGAUACAGAGAGAGAGACGAUAGAGGAAGAGGCUAUGACAGAGACGGAUAUGCUGCUCUAGGAAGAAGAAGAGAGAGAUCUCCUCAGAGAGGUCUCAAUCCAAAGCCUACCCACGUUGAAGGUGAACAGAAUGAUCAAAGUAAUCCACAUUAUCGCGAAAAGCAUCCUGUAAUGGAUCCAACUAUUCCAGCGGGAUGUAUUAGUGUCUAUUCCAGAACGAUUUUUAUCGGUGGUGUUCCACAUUCGAUUGAUGAGAUUCAGCUAGCCCAAAUACUCAGGCCUUAUGCUGAGGUGCAGAGCGUCAUACUUAAUAGUGAACGUAAGCAUGCGUUUGUAAAGGUGUAUUCACGUCCAGAAGCCGAGCAAGUUAUCCAGGCGUUUUCCGUCACCCAUCCGUCUGGUCUCAGGGCUCGUUGGGGUGUUGGUUUUGGACCACGUGACUGUUGCGAUUACCAAACUGGUAUCUCUACGAUUCCGCUUAACAGACUCACAGAAGCAGAUAAAAGAUGGGCAGUUUCUGCUGAAUGGGGUGGAACUGGUGGUCUUCCUUUGCAGGCCGGUAUUUUUGUUGAAGAACCAGAUAUUGAGGUGGGACACGGAGUAUCAUCGAAGUCUAUUUCUCGUAAAAUGCCUACAAAUUCUUCCACGAACGGACCGAAGUCUGACGGAUUACCACAGACGGGUCACAGCUCUAGAGGCAGUUUCUCUCCUGUGAAUAAUUCUGAUAAUGUUCCUAUCAACUACGGAGGAUCCGGUCGUGGUGGAUAUGACGAUAGAGAAGGAUACAAUAACAAUGGUAAUGGUAAUGGUAAUAGAGGUGGUUAUGGAAGUGGCUACAAUAACCGAGGCGGCUAUGGAGGAGGAUAUGAUUCUCCUUCUAUGGGUGCACCGCCGAUGGGAGUUCAGCAGCAACAGCAACCUCCUGUUCCUGGAUACGGUGGUAACGCGCCACCUGUUGAUCAGAAUCAGCUGAUGACUACGAUGAUGAGUGCUAUGCAGCAGAUGCAGCAACAACAGCAGCAGCAGGGCCAACCAGGACAAGGUGCACCAGGCCAACCAGGACAAGGUGCACCAGGCCAACCAGAUAUGGCUCAGAUGUUCCAGAAUUUGGCUUCAAUGAUGCGCCAAAACCAAGGCCAUUGA